AUGAAUGAUACAGAUGACAAAUUAAUUAAUCAUGAAAGAGGAAAUGAUAUUCGUAAAUCAGCUGAGGAAAUGGAUGAGCAACGUCAAAAGACACUUGCUUAUGAGUAUCUGUGUCACUUAGAAGAAGCCAAAAAAUGGCUGGAAGCAUGUCUGAGAGAAAUACUUCCACCUACAACUGAGUUAGAAGAGAAUUUGAGAAAUGGAGUAUAUCUAGCAAAACUAGCUCACUUUAUGGCACCUGAAUCUCUACCUCUCAAUAAAAUUUAUGAUUCUGAACAAAAACGUUAUGCAGUAGUUGGCUUACAAUUUAGACACACAGACAAUAUUAAUUACUUUUUAAAAUCCUUGAAAUCUAUGCAAUUACCAUUAACUUUUCAACCAGAAACAACAGAUAUCUAUGAUAAAAAAAAUAUGCCUCGUGUAAUAUAUUGUAUUCAUGCUCUGAGCACUCAUUUGUUUAAAUUGGGAAAAGCUCCACAAAUUCAGGAUUUAUAUGGAAAAGUGAAUUUUACUGAGGAGGAAAUAAAUGCUGUUAGUAGAGAAUUGAAAAAGUAUGGAAUUCAAAUGCCUUCAUUCCAAAAAAUUGGUGGUUUGUUAGCAAAUAGCAUGGAGAUAGAUACAGCAACACUUCAUGCUGCAGUUAUAGCAAUUAAUAAAGCUAUUGCAGAAAAGAAUCAUGACAAAAUAUUAUCUGCACUUCAAAAUAAAGUAGUACUGUUAAACAAUAUUAUACCUUGUUAUAUUAAAAAAUAUAGUGAUGCCUUGUUUGAAGCAAAAGAAUCUAAAGCACAAGCUGCACUUAAUAGAUCUCUUAAUGAUAGUUAUGUACCAGAUGUUUAUGAUGAACUAUUAACUCAGGCAGAAAUUCAGGGUCAUAUUAAUUAUGUUAAUGUUAACUGUGCUAUGGGAAAUAUAAGCCAGUCUAUCCAUAGUAAAAAUAGUGAAUUCAUAGGUGCAUUAAAAACGUCCACUGUGUGCUUACAGAAUGUAUUGCUUGAAAAUGCGCAAUUAUACAAAGAACAAUUAACGCAAUUAUUGGAAAGUUCUGAAUGGAACAGUAUAUAUGCAGAAAGCAAUCAUCAUCAUCAUUGGAAACAACUGCUUCAAAAGGAAAUUGAUAAGGCAAAUGAAAUUGCACUUAAAUCUCAAAAACGUGAUGACACUAUAAAGCUUCUAAACUUAACAUUACAAAAUGAAGCACGAAAUGACUUUUGUAAAACUUUAAAAAGUUCUAAUCUUGGUUUAACACAGAAAAUUGAUGACUUUGCAAUACCAUUAUAUUACGAAGAAAUGAAAGUCGAUCGUGUUGAAUCUCAGAAUGACCUUUCGUACAGCGAUAUCGUGGUCAGCAUACGCGUAUUGUCACUAAUCGCAGAAAUCAGUAAAACUGUAGACACGGGAAAUCCAGAUUUGGUUUAUCAAGCAUUGUCUAACCCAGAUUGUCAUAUUUCUGGAUUAGAUCAGGAGAAUAAAGUAAAGUAUUAUAGAGCAUUGGGAGCAGUUCGAUGUGAAAAGCAGGCAAUUGCUGAAGAAUGUCCAUUACUAACAUACAUUGAUAUUCAAGAAUGCAUCGACGUUGUGAAUCAACAAUGUCAAAAUGAUGAUGAUGUCAUACAAGUGCUACGUCAAUUAAACUUAGCUGUCGUUGAAAACGACCGAAAUGGUGUUAUCACUGCUUUGAAAAACACUUCUUUGAAAUUACAAAAACCUACUUCACCAGAAGAUGCAUCCCUUUAUUUGAAAUUAUUUAAAAAAUGUCUUGCUGAAAAACAUUUUGAUGGUUCUGAAUUAUGGUUGGAAGAUGUAGAAACUGUAACGAAAAUUGUAGCUACGGAAGCUGAAAGUGUUCAAAAGGUGUGUACGUUUUUAUCACAAGUUAAUUUAGGAUUACAACGAAAUGAUACUGUAUUCACAAUGGAUUGCCUUCAAGCAUUUGGUUUUAAAAUACCAGACAAACAUAAGGCUGAUUGUUUUCGAAGUUUGCACAAUUUAAAAAAUAUAAAGAAUGAAAAGUACGAUUGUGCGUUUGUUCAUUAUAUUACCCCUAAAGGCAAUGAAUCCUAUUUAGAUUUACGUAAAUAUAAUUAUACUUGGGACUGUCCUAAACAUAUAUCUGAAACAUUUUAUAUCAGCAUGGAAGACAUAAAAGGUGUAAUAAAAAGUAACUCCAUAAGAGAACACGAAGAGCAUAAAAUUAUUAAACAAAUAAUUCGAUUGCAAGCUAUAAUUCGAGGAUACUUAUUACGAAAAAGAGUUUCGGAUAGGUAUACAAAUUUUUACGACAAUAUGGAUAAAAUUAUUCAAAUACAAGCAUGGUGGAAAAGUAUAGUACAACGUAAACGAUAUGUCAAAUUACUAGAAGAGAGGCGGAAAUGUAAUUCAGAUGAAUCUUACAAUAAAUAUUUAAGAGUUAAAACCAAAUAUGCAAAUUUAUUGGAUUAUUAUAGAGAACAUGAGGGAAAAAUUAUGAAAAUACAAGCUUUCUGGCGUGGUCGCGCCGAAAAACGUGCUUUUCGUUCAUUGUUACAUAUGGAAAAACCACCAUUUUCUGUUGUUCGCCAUUUUUCCGCAAUUUUAAAUUUUAAUGCGGAAGAUUAUGACAAGGAUUUACAAUUACAACACUUAAAACACGAGGUGGUGCAAAGCAUACGGCAUAAUCAAACUUUGUCACAACAAUUGGAUAGCAUGGAUAUAAAGAUCGGGUUGCUUAUACAAAAUCGAAUUACAUUACAAGAUGUUGUAGCACAUGGAAAGAGCCUAGAAACACUUGCAAAACAGAAACAUUCCAAUAGAGACCAAAGGCAAUCUAUAUCAGAUGGCAUUAUUUCACAUAAAGGUUUGAAAUCGUUAACGAAAGAAGGUCGAAAAAUGUUGGAAGGAUAUCAGCAUUUAUUUUAUGCAUUGCAAACUAAUCCAACAUACUUGUCAAAACUUUUAUUCCUCUUGCCUCAAAGUAAAACGAACAAAUUCCUUCAAAACGUGAUUUUAACAUUAUUUAAUUUCGGCUCUAAUAUCAGGGAAGAAUACUUAUUAUUAAAACUGUUUGGAAGUGCAUUACAAGAAGAAAUCAGGUGUAAAUUUCAAAAGCCAUCUGAAGUUGUUACUGGAAAUCCUCUUGUUUUGAAAAUGGUAGUAAAUUAUGCACGACAGUUAAACGGGCAACGGGCUUUAAGGCAAAUUGUUGGACCACUCAUCGAAAAAAUUUUAGCUGAUCGAACAUUAAGCAUAGAAACAAAUCCCGUUGAUAUUUAUAAAUGCUGGAGAAAUCAAUUAGAAAUGGAAACAGGAGAAACAUUAGAUUUACCAUAUACGGUGACGCAGCAACAAGCUUUAAAUUAUGAACAAGUGCAAAUCAGAUUAAAUAAAGGAAUCCAACUAUUGCAGAGUACUGUUUUAGAAUUUCUAACUACGAUAACUGAAUCUCGGGAUUUAAUACCAUAUGGAAUGUUAUACAUAGCUAAAAUUUUAAAUGAUUCCUUAAUUGAAAAAUUUCCGAGUGCUCCAGAAAAAGAUAUUUUAAAAGUAGUAGGAAAUUUAAUUUAUUAUCAUUUUAUUAACGCUGCUAUCGUAGCGCCAGAUGCUUUCGAUAUAAUCACGUUACCAAUCGAUAGAUCUCUAUCAAAUGAUCAACGAAGAAAUUUAGCUAGUAUCGCAAAAAUAUUGCAAUUUGCUGCUUCCAAAAAAGGGUUUGGUGAAGAGGCCACUCAUCUAGUAUGCUUGAAUUCAUUUAUAAUCGAAUGUCACGAAAAAUUCAAAAGUUUCUUCCGUUAUUGUUGUCAAAUCGAAGACUUGGAAGAACAUUUUAGUAUCCACGAAUAUACGGAAGCCACCCUUAUUCAGAAACCUGAGAUUUAUAUUUCACUACAAGAAAUUUGUGACACUCAUUGUCUCAUGCUAGAAUAUCAAGAUCAAAUAGCGCCAGAUCCUAUGGAUCCUUUGCAUGAUUUAUUAGAUGAUUUAGGUCCUGCACCGUCAGUUGCAUCUUUACUCGGAAUUUCUGAUACCACAUGUGAGGCAAAUUUAACGCGCUUUGGAAAAACAGAAGUGUGUCUGGUACUCACUAAUAAAUUUCAAGUACCAGAAGAUGAAGGUGCUAGUUUAAAUAAACUCUUUAUAAAAACGAAAGAAUUAUUAGUUUCGGUGCUUCAGUUCUUGAAAGGUCAAACAUUAGUGGAGGCUUUGGAAACCACUUGUUCUCCUAUACAAGAAAAACUGUACGACGUAAAAUGCUCCAACAUAUCGCCCACAUUAAAUGUUAUUCAUAAGAGUUCAUCCUUAAAUGAUUGUAAGCUUCAAUUGCGAGCCUACCUCAAUAAACUCGAACUUGGAGGGUGGGUCAGUCAAUCGGAUGGAUAUCAAAAUAUUAUAACAGCAGUAGCUAAAGAUCUUUCUAAUAAAGGAAAGUAUCGAAUUAUUCGAAAUAAAGAAUUACAGACUUUACGUGUAACUAAACAGAGAUUAGAAGAAAAAUCGAAAUAUUAUCAAGAACAGGUAGAAUAUUACAAUGAGUAUAUACAACGUUGUUUGGAAAACUUACACACAGGAAAGGGUUCUUUGCGAGCAUUUAAAGCUAUCCAAAAGAAUAAUCAUGGCAAACUAAGAUCUAAAAUGACACUGAAAUAUUCCGCGGCCAAACUACAAGAGAAAGGGGUAUUGUUAGAAGUCGAUGGACUUCCACAAUCGCAGUUUAAGAAUGUGAUCUUCGAAAUAAGUCCAACAGAACAUACAGGUCUCUUUAGCGUACGUUGUAAGUUUAUGGGAGUAGAAAUGGAGAAGGUAGACAUCGAUAUACAGAAGUUACUCGAGUUACAGUUCGAAGGUGCACCGAUUAUGGAUAUGUUUGGUAAAGCAAAAGUUAACGUGAAUUUGUUGUUAUAUUUAUUAAAUCGAAAAUUUUAUGGUAAAACUUGA